AUGAAAUGUCUAGAGGCGGACUACGAAAUGUUGAGCUCAAAAUUGGCUGAAACGACUCACAAAUUUGAAGAAACGGUAAAAAGUGCAGAUGAAUCUGAGAAACAGCGCAGAAUUUUAGAUCACAAAAAGGAUAUUGAGGAUGAAAGAUUGGCAACUUUAGAAAAAUUUAUUCGAGAAACUUCUGAUGCAGCUGUUGAAUCAGAAAAAAAAUGCGAUGAGAUUAUAAAAAAGUUGGCUGUCACGGAUUCUGAUUCUGAGUUGGCACAUCAACGAUAUGACAUAGCGGAAAAGAAAUCAAAAGAAUUACAAGCAGAAAUCAAAUCUAUUGCCAGCAAGUUGAAAGCCAUGCAAUCAAAGCUUGAAAAUGCUGAUGAACUGGAAGAUAAAUAUGAAAGGACUAUUGAUGAUUUGCGAGCAAGACUCAGAAAUAUUGCAAACACUAAUUCAGCUUAUGCAGGCGAUUUGCUGAAAAAGAAAAUUCAUUUCUGCCGAAUUUUUCAUAUCGUUGUUUUUUAUUUGUCUUUUCAAAUCAGAGUGUCGGAGUUGGAAUAUUUUAAGGGCCCAGAGUAUCCGACUCUGGAAAAUGUUUAUUAA